UUUUACUUGUGUGUGUGUGUGUGUGCUUUCCCUUUCUCAGUUAUUACGUAAAUUACAAAGGAAGAAAUAUAACUUUCAUCCAUUGAUCUAAACUCGCAUUUCAUUUAACCUUCAUCUUUCUAAUGUAUACUUAACAGUGUGUUUCUUGAGGGCGAGGGAGGGAGAGGAAUAAUGUGAGAACACUUGCAUGCCCCUCCCCCCCACUCCCCGCCCGCCUCUCUUCCCAUUCCCACAUCCUCACUCAUCUGCAAAAAUGUUAUUAGUAUUCGUAAGGUGAUGCCGAGGAGUGAAACAGGUAACACGCUCGCCGGUGUCUCCUCCUUCUGUUUCUUCUUUGCUCGCAUUCUGAAACACUUCUACGCCGCACCCAGACUACUUUCAAAAGGCUCUUGUUGAAGUGACACGAGUUUUUAAAGGUGUCUUUUUACGGUUCUAGUGACAGACUAACAACAAGAAGAAACACCCUUGACAACCAGGCUAUUCAUCUCUGUGGUCUUUGAAAAUAGUCGUGGUGAGACAGCAAAGCGUUUCAGAAUACGUGCACAGACGCCACCACUCAUCUCUUCCAUCCAUUCCCAAUACACACACUCUUCCUUAUGGACAAAGACUUGGAGGCUGCCUUACUUCUUCACGAGGACGCGAAUGCAAUACAAAGUUGGAAGCAAGAAAAGGAGCUGGAGCAUAAGGAAGAUGACCAAGAAGACGACGAAGAGGAAGACGAAGAGUAUUAUGAGGCGUUGUCGUGGGAAGGCAAUAACUGGCCGGUAGUUUUGGCUGGCUUCGUUAUAAAUAUGCUGUCGCCAGUUGGUAAUAACUGCUUCGGGAUGUUGUUCUUGCCGCGGCUGCUGGAGCUCGGAUUGCCUCCAUGGUUGGUAACGGCCUUAGGGAAUGUAUCGUUGGCUGUCGCGAAUUUGAUAUGCCUUUCCGCGACGCCACUACUGCACCGCUGGGGAUGUCGCCGCCUGCUGCUGCUACUCGGCUUUGUCUACAGCACUGCCUUCACUCUGGCUGCCCUCGCCUUCUCAAUGCCUGGGCCACUUGCUGCCACCGCCAUCGUUGCAGGUUCGCUGCGGGAGUUGGUGUUCCUGGUGGUGCAAGUGGCAGUGAGUCGAUGCUUUGAGCGGAAACGGCCGUUAGCCAUUGGCGUGACGGCAGCGGGAACUUCCCUCAACCAGAUCAUGGGACCUCCAAUGAUUGCUUUCAUGCAGAGCCGCUACAGCCCCAGGACAAUGCUGCUAGUGAUCAGUGUCCUCAUGCUGCAGAUCUGCAUUGCGGCCUCACUCAUGCCUUCAGGCAGAGGCCGCGGUGCUCUGUUGCCUGUUGACCACUUGGCGAUGGUGCGACGGCGAGAAGUGGUGUUACUGUGCCUCGUGAUUGCCGUCAUUAGCGCCACGAUGUCUGUCUUCUGGUUUACGAUCCCGCUGGCCCUGCUCAGUACCGGCCACAAUUCACGCGAGAUGGUGCCAUACUUCAGCAUUCCCGGCGUGGCCAACUUCAUCACCAGAGUGGUCAUCGGUCUGCUGCUCUGCCAUCUCUGCCGACCCACCCCUUUGAUGAAGCUGUGCUCCACCCUGUCCGCCGUCACCAUCUCUGUGUGGUUCUGGUGUGAGCGGCCGUUCUGGCGGAUAGUGUGGCUGUCCCUGUGUGGGGGAUGCAGUGGUGUCACCAGGGUAUUGAUAUCCCUAGUGGUCCUGGAGGCGGUGGGAUUGCAGUGGCAAGCGGAGGCGCUCAGUCUCAUCAGCGUGACUACGGGGUUCGCAACACUGCUGGUCGGCGAGGUAGCAGGUGCGUAUACUUGUGUGGGUGAGCACUGCCUUUUCCCCGCACAUACUACUCUCCUUUUCGCAUUGCAUUCCAUUAAUUUCCUUUCGUUUAACCCUCAAUUCGGUCCCUGCCAACGCCCUGUCCAAACACUUACCUUCCACGCAUAUCUUGUCUUCUGCAGAUUUGUCGCGAGUGUUGACCGGGAGCUACGCCUCCAAAAUGUACGCCAUGAGUGCCUUCCUCAUGCUGACGCAGGUGCUAUGGGAGUUCGUGGACGUCCGAGCCAGCGAACCGUCUUCCACGCAUCAGAGAAGAGAGAAAAAACCGACAGAUUGCAGAUAGAAACACUUGACAUAUCUCAGAAUAUUCCCUUGCCUUCACCGAGGCCAAGACGCUCGCCAGACGCCAAGGCCCUUACUUGUCCCGCCACUUCUGCACCUCCUGGAACCGUAUGAGGCUGGAAUAUACACACCUAUAACUUAUAUCCAUGUUGAAAACUU